AUGAUAAUCUGUGCAUGGAAUGUGAGGGGCCUUAAUGACCCUAAUAAGACAAGAGCAUUGAAAAGCUUUCUGUCAGUAAAUAAGGUGGAUGUGAUUGCUGUCUUAGAAACAAGAGUCAAAGAGAAUAAUAAUAGUAAAAUUCAGCAGAAGCUAGGUGGUGGUUGGUCUUGGCACUGUAAUUCUGCUUGUAAUCCCAGAGGGAGAAUUUGGGUAGGGUGGAAGAAUGUGAAUGCUACUGUCAACAUUUUACUCACUCAUGAGCAAUUAGUUCAUGGGGAACUAGUGGAUAGCAAGGGUGUUUCAGUCUGUUUCAUUACCUUUGUGUAUGGCUUACAUACUGUUGAAACCAGGAAGGCUUUGUGGUCAUCCCUUUCUGGUAUCUAUGCUAUGGUUACUUCUUCUCCAUGGAUAGGUCUUGGAGAUUUCAAUGCUGGUCUCUCAAAUUUUGAGAACUUUCUGCUUAACUCUGGAGUGAAUGAAUUGAGAAGCACUGGCCACUUUUUUUCUUGGAGUAAUAAGAGUUUGGGGGAUGCUAGGGUGACUAGUAGAAUAGACAGAGCUUUGGGAAAUGGAUGCUGGAUGAUGAAAUUUGGGCAUUUAGCUGUGGACUAUCUUAACCCUUCAAUCUCAGACCAUUCCCCUCUUUUGUUAAAAUUUGGUGAUGAUCAUAAAGGUGGGGGGAGGCCCUUUAAGUGUUUUAACUUUCUGGCAAAUCAUUCUCAGUUUGCAGAAGUUGUUGCUCAAGAUUGGGAUAAUCCUAUUAAGGGUACUCCUUUAAGCAAAGUUUGGUUUAAGCUGAAAAGGCUAAAACACAAACUGAAGUCCCUUCACAAAGAGGAGUUUGCAAAUAUCACUAUGAGAAUUCAAAAAGCUCAACAAGAGUUGGAAGAAGUUCAAAAUCAGUUAUGUUCUGAUCCUGCAGAUUUGUUAAUGCAAGUUGAAGAGAAGAGAUGUACUGGAAAUCUUAGAAAGUGGCUAUUUGUGGAAGAAUCUGCUUUGAAGCAGAAAUCUAGAAUCCAAUGGCUAGCUGAUGGGGAUUCUAACUCUAAGUUCUUUUAUGCUUCUGUCAAGCAAAGAAGAAACAUGAAUAGAAUCUCUUUGCUGUACACUACUCAAGGGCAUAAAAUUGUGGAUCCUGGGGAAAUUACUGUGGAAAUUCAGAAAUUCUAUAUGGCUCUUCUUGGUACAGCUGCUACUCACAUUUCUAAGCCUGAUCUCCCCUCUCUUAGAUCAGGCCCAAGAUUGUCUAGAAUUGCAGCUCUAUCUCUAUGUGUGCCAGUUACCACUGAUGAGAUUGACUUGGCUCUCAAGUCCAUUGAUGACAGUAAAGCUCCAGGGUUGGAUGGAUACAAUGCUGUGUUUUUUAAGAAAGCAUGGCCUUGGAUUAAAGAAGAUGUGUAUGAAGUUGUCAAGUUCUUCUUUUAG